UCCACAAGUCUUAUGCCUGCGAAACUCAUCACGCACGUAAUUAUUCCCCAAAGUCUGCAUGGCCUCCGGCAACCCCCUGUGCAGCUUCAGAAUGGUUUUAUACAAUUUCCUCACUCUCUGCACAUGCGAGUAAUUCGACAUUUCACGAGAUAUCCCCCAAGAACUCUCCCUGAAAUUCCUCUCCUCAGUCUCUUCCCAAAACAUCAAUUCCUCUCAUUUAUUACUCAUUCACUCUUCCCAAAAAAAUAAAUCAUUUCUCGACAUCUCCCGACCUUCAGGUGACUGAAAAUAAUAAACACUCGUAAAACAUAACCAAAACCGUGUGAUUGCGAACAAGAAACACGUGGAAACUGCUGAAUGGGUGGAAACGCGUUGGAACUGAAACGUCACACAACCAGUCAAGAUGGCACGUCAGCAGGGUGAUGUUGACGAGUUGUUUGACGUUAAAAAUCACUUCUACAUCGGUAAUUACCAGCAAUGUAUCAACGAGGCGCAGAAAGUGAAGCCCUCGUCGUCGGACGUGGCCCUGGAGAGGGAUGUUUUCCUUUACCGUGCGUACAUAGCCCAGAGGAAAUUUCGAGUGGUCCUGGACGAGAUAAACAACUCAUCCCCCGCAGACCUCCAGCCUCUGAAACUCCUGGCCGAGUAUUUCGCGAGCCCAGGGAAGCGAGAUGCCAUCCUCAACGAGUUGGACAAAAACUCGGGGAACUUCGGGGAUAAUCACAACGGAAUGAUCGUCGCUGCGACCAUUUACUAUCACGAGAAGAAUCUCGAGUCGGCGUUGAGGGUGUUGCGUGGUGCUGAGAAUCUCGAGUGCAUGGCCCUCACUCUCCAGAUUUAUCUCAAGAUGGAUCGGCUGGAUCUAGCCAGGAAGGAACUGAAGGCCAUGCAGGAGAAGGAUGAUGAUGCUACUUUGACUCAACUCGCUCAGGCCUGGGUUAACAUCAACAGUGGGGGGGAUAAACUGCAGGAUGCCUAUUACAUCUUCCAGGAAAUGAUCGACAAACAUUCAAGCACAAGUAUGCUACUAAACGGCCAAGCAACGUGUUUCAUUGGCCAAGCGAAAUACGAAGAAGCAGAAACCGCCCUUCAAGAAUCCCUCGACAAGGACAGCAACAAUCCAGAUACCCUGAUCAAUAUGAUAGUCCUGUCACAGCACAUGGGAAAACCCCCAGAGGUUGCCAAUCGCUACUUGAGUCAGCUGAAAGACUCGAAUCUCGAACAUCCAUUCGUCAAGGAAUAUCUACAGAAGGAAAUAGAAUUCCAGAGGUUGAAGACUCAGUACUCCCCCUCAGCAUAAAUCCCCCCCCCCCCCCUUCUUCCCCCCAUCGUCGAUUUUCCGAAAUCGAGAGAAACGAAUAGAGUAUGGAGCAUUCCAUUGAAAUUACAACAGAUCACAACAGUGUUGCUGCCAUUUUGUAAUUGAACAUUUAUAAGAGACUAAUGAGUAAUCGAUUCACUCGGAAUUUUUCCUAAACUUUUAGUACGUUUAUCUCAUUAUAUUAUUAAUUAUAUUGUAUAUUAUAAUUACAAUUUCCAAUAAAGAGGAGAGAGUAUUCAAUGAGUUGAUGA